CCAGGAUAUGUAAAAUUGGAGGUACGAAAAAGCCUAGAAAUAGUUUUGGUGAGGUGGGGAGUUUUUAAGGCAAAGAACAAGCGUGGUAAAUUUCUCCUGAGGCUUCAACUCAAUGGACAAUGACUUUCACCGGUCGGUUUCUUCGCGGGCUGCCCGAAGAAGUCAGCUCCAACAAACCAAAGAUGCUAGAGGAGGGUUGUUGCACACUGGGAAAUUAUCGCAAGAGUAUACGAUGAGGAUUACAUGGAAAAAGGGUCUCAUUCGGUUGAUUCUCACCGGAGGAAUUAUUUGGAUGAUGUUAAUUUUCACCGUUUUGUUGUUUCAUAUUUGGUCUUGCCAAUCUUCUGUUGCAUUUUUUGCAGCUCUUUGUAACAAAGACAGCAAAGUAUAUGGCAUGUUAAACACAAUGGGAUUUGUGACACCACCACACCGUUGUACUAUCCCAGUUGCUAAUGACCCAUACAAUAUAGUAAUCCCAAAGAAAUCACAUGAAAAGCUGGUCCAAAGCCUGUCCUAUAUAGUAGAAGACAGUGCAACCAAUGGAUCUCAAUCUUCUCCUUUCUUUGGAGGGCAUCAGACCUGGAAGCAAAGAGAGGAAAGCUUCAAAAUAAAGCCAACCAUGAAGGUACAUUGUGGAUUUAUGCGAGGUGGAGGUGAAGAAAUGGCUCUGGAAGACAUUGAAUAUGUGAAAAGAUGUACAUUUGUUGUUGCAACUGGCAUCUUUGAUGCAUAUGAUGCACCUCAUCAGCCAUCUAAUAUUAGUAAACGAUCAGAGGAACUAUUUUGUUUUCUAAUGGUGGUUGAUGAAGUGUCUCUUGAAUUCAUAAGAAGAAAUGUUAGCGUCAGAGAGGAUAGUCAUGGAGGGCAAUGGGUGGGUAUCUGGCGUUUGAUUCUGCUUAAGCACCAGCCUUAUGACGAGCCUAGAAGAAAUGGGAAGGUUCCUAAGAUAUUAACACAUAGGUUGUUCCCUCAAGCCCAGUACAGCAUCUGGAUUGAUGGCAAAAUGGAGCUUAUAGUUGACCCCUUGCUUCUAUUGGAGAGAUAUUUAUGGCGUGACAAACACACCUUUGCCAUUGCUCAGCAUAAACAUCACCGCAAUGUGUAUGAAGAAGCAGAUGCCAACAAAAGAAGGAAGCGAUAUGCUCGUCCUCUAAUAGAUCUACACAUGAAAAUAUAUCGUUAUGAGGGACUGCAGCCCUGGGAUCAGCACAAACGCAUCCCAAGUGAUGUGCCUGAAGGAGCAAUCAUCAUACGCGAACACACUGCACUGAAUAAUCUGUUUAGUUGCUUGUGGUUCAACGAGGUUGACCUUUUUACACCAAGAGACCAGCUAAGCUUUGGAUAUGUCGUCUAUAGGCUAGGAGGUUUGUUCAAAUUUUUUAUGUUUCCUAAUUGUGAAUACAACUCAAUCUUCAUACUGCACCCACACAUUCGUGAACAUUCAUCUAAAAUAGAAUGGGCUAAAACUAUGGAGGAGUUAAAGAAACACCCUGAGUUGAUAGAGAGCCGGGGUGGAUUAGGGUUGUGGACGCCUUAUCCUGGAAACCUUGAUUUGGUUGUAUUACCACCGGUAGCCAGAACGUCAAAAGCAGGCUGAUUACUGGAUUAAAUUUUGUUUGUUUCGACGCCCCCUAUUUUCAUCUCAAUAAUCUCUUUUCUUCCUCUCCCUCA